CUUCCGGGUUUCCACGUGGUAUGUCCUGGAAGCCUAGGAACUGAGACUCCUUCCCCUCUUUCCCCCCGCCCCCGAAGCCAUGGGCAGUGCUGACGCUCAGGUUCCUCCAGAUGUACAAGAUUUUCUCCGGGGGCAUCCCGCGCUGCAGUUGUGCCCUGGUGGAACCAAGGUAAGGUGUAGGCUGACAGGCCAUGAAUUGCCCAGCCGACUCGCACCCCUCCAGGCCUACACCAGUGGUAAGAAGUAUCAGCGGCUGAUGCGCACCACCCAGACCUUUGACUAUGAAGAGUUUGAGCCACACAUUGUACCCAGCACCAAGAAUCCACACCAGCUAUUCUGCAAACUCACCCUUCGGCACAUCAACAGACUUCCAGAUCAUGUCCUACGUCAUGUCCAGGGCCAGCGCUACCAAAAGGCACUGCACAAAUAUGAAGAAUGUCAGAAGCAGGGUGUGGAGUAUAUUCCAGCCUGCUUACUGCAAAAGAGAAGGAAACGGGAAGACUUGAUUGAUAGUGACCAGCAGCCCCGAAAAAAGGAUUUCUGGCAACCUGAAUCCAGUGAUGAAGAAGACCAGAGUGAUGACAGCAUGACUGACUUAUACCCACCCGAGCUGUUCUCUGAAAAGAACCCAGGUAAAAAUGGAGAUGUCGAAGGGAGCUACUUGACAGACAAUGAAGACAAUACACAGCCUUCCAGAGAGAAUGGUAUUGUGGGCAGAGGAGAGAAGAUGGAGGUGGACAGGCCAAUAUGUAAUAAGAGGACAAAGCAGUCUGCUUCAGUGAAGUUCAAGAAUCAUCACCGAAAACCGAAACGCUUCAAAAGAGAAUCUGAAACAAAAUAAAUUUUUGUAUAGUUGAAAUAAUAAAGUUGAUGAAUUAAGUAGUACAA